GCGCGUUUCCGCUAAGCGGAGCCCAGUGAGGUAAAAUAAGGGCGAAGAAGACGAGUCUCCGUCACAGAGCAGCCGCACAGAGCCGUCAGCGUCGUUAUUAUUGAUCUACUUUAUUUCAGGAUGUUGUAGUGUCCGUGUUGGAGCGUGUGAAAUGGCGGUGGAGCGAGUGGAUGUGUAUCUCAGGGAGCUGCUGUCCUCAGGCCUGCUCCUCCUGCACACCGAGCUCGGAGUGGAUCUGGGGCUGAACGCAGAGCUGCUUCCGCCGGGGCUCCUCACCUGUGUGGCGGCGGCACUCGGGCUCCUGGUCGCGCUCUUACUCUGGGUCUCCGUCUGCAGGUGUUUCUCUAAUAAACCUGUGCAGAAAGUCACAGCUGAGACGGUAAAGACCUCCAAACCCAAACCCGAGGAAGUGAAGAAGAGGAACAGAAAGAGAGGAGAAAAGAAAGUGCAGAAGAACGGCCUGGCUGUUGACCUGGAGGCGGUACUGAAGCCGGCAGAGGCACAGAACCAGAGCGAGAGUCCAGACCCAGCGGGGGGUAAAGGUGAUAAGGAAAAGAAGAGCAAGAAGAAGGCAAAAGCACCAGUGAAGGAAAAAACGUCCCUGUCUGCAUCCGAGCGCCGAGAGCCAGAGGAAGCAGGAACCUGGGAGACUAAAGUGAGCCAGAGAGAGAAGCGGCAACAGCGGAAGAAGGACAAAGGAGCAGGAGACGAGUCGGGGAGUCCCGGAGGAACGGAGCUCAGCUCUAACGCUGCAAACCCAGAAAACCCGGUCGCUGUGGAGGAACUGAAAAUCAUCAGUACACCAUCUGUAACCUCCACCAACACCACGACCAGGACCAACACCACCUCCAACACCAAGACAAAGACUUCCAACAUCAGCACCACCUCCAACACCAAGACCACUAACAUCAAGACCUCCACCAAAAACACCAAGACCACCAGCACCACUCCUGCACCUAAAGCUCAGAAGAACAGUCCGAGAACCCAGCAGGCGGUGGUACCAGUGGAACAUGAACGUCCUGUAGCUGAAGUGACCCGUGCUGUCAUUCCACCAGUGUCUCAUGCGUGGGACGUGUUGGCCGUAAAUGGUUCAGGAUCUUGGGAUCUGGGCGUGUCGGUUCCUCCUCACAGUCAGACGUGGAACAGCGUGAAGUCCGAACCUUCCGUCUGGCCUCAGGACAUGGAGGGCUCGUGGAUGAUUGUGGACGGCUCUCACAUCCCCGUCUCACUCCACGGAAUAACUGCAGGUGUUGAAGCGCAGGUGGUUCCUGACCGAUCCUGGGUGUGUCCAGCUCCUGUGGAUGACGAGUGGUCUGGACCCAACAGCGGUUGUGUGGAUCCAGCUUCAGAUUACUGUGCCCCGUGUGAGGAGUGGGGGAAUUAUGAGCCAGCAGGUGGCGUUGUUUCCCCUGACGAGCCUCAGGACUCUGAUCUGGAAAAGGACAAGGACGAACCUGCUGCUGCUCCGGGAAGCAACAAGGCGAAGAAGAAGAAGAAGAAAAAGAAGAAAGCAGAGGAGGCCGGAAGUGCUGCUCAGGUGGAGAUGGAAGUGGGCGUGGUUAAAGACCAGAACACUGCAGGGAACAUGUUGCCUAAAAACGCAAAAGAGCAGGAGAUCAUGGCUGCCCCUCAAGCCCCACUGAAAUCAGCUGAACUCGAAGCUCCGCCCACUCAGAAGAAAGCUGACGAGAGCUGGGAGUCCCAGAAACAGGUGAAGAAGAAGAAGGCACGCAGAGAGACAUGAGUACGAGUUCAGAUGUCGGGAAGGAACUUCAAAACAAACGUCCAGGAUUUCAGAGAAACUGCGAGUCGUGCUUCAGGUGGAUUAGCGCUGACACGAGCACUAACAUCUGUGCGUUCGGACGACACACGGCGUAACAUCUCAGCGCUGUGGAUGUGAUGGACCUCAGACACGUGCUGAUCUUCUGUUCAUAUCACAACCUUCUACUAGAUUUGAUCACGAUUAACAAUAACAUUAGAAUAAAAAUGACUUCAGGUUCAAUGUUAAAUAUGGUGAUGUUUACUGAUGAUCAGCACGUGCCUGAUGUUCUCGUCAAUAAAAUGUCUUGUUCCCUUUUUCACCAGUGUAGGUUCAUUUAUAAUUCUUUAGUGAAUCUGAUCCGAGAUUUUUUUGUUUUGUUUUUUGAGAAAAAAAAAAAAUUCAAGAAAAGAAAACGUCCCCAGUCUCCCGUGUCCCCUGCAGUCUUACAGAGUCGGUGGGUUUUUAACUGUUUAGUUGUGGAGCUCUGAAGCCUUCAUGUGUCUGAGAUGUUUGCGUCAUCCGAAACGUUUCACACGAUAAAGGUGAUUCUCACACGCUCUCAAAACAUCAUCGUUAACUCAGUGAUCUCGUGUUUAAGGUCAAACUCUAGCUCAAUGUUUCUAGAUUAAAAGGUUACCUGUAGCUCUGUCUGGAGGUGGAGCCUUAAAAAUAUAAACUAAAAUAAAAAGAAAGUCUCCUUAUAGACUGUUUAGUGUAAACGGGACGCGGUGGACGUUUCGUUCGUGGCCGUUUCACACGUGUCUGAGUGAACGACGCCGCAGCAGUAAAUAUGGUGGUAUUUUGUACACGUUAAAAGCCAUACGCAGAACAUUAACGUUGUUUUCUAUACAAGUUCAAAUAGACGCAUCAUCUAUUAAACCUGUUCUACACUCCAUCGUUUGCAUGUUUAAUUAGUUUUGAACCUGAGCUCGGCUCCAGGCGCUGAGUGAGAAAUGAAAAGACAUCAGAGUCGUGGCGUGUGUAAGGUGACAGCGACGUGCAUCUGUCUGCUGCAGCACUAUUCCUCCUCUCUGCAUUCUGUCCAUCAGCUCAUUAAAUAAACAGUUUCUUUCA